CACUCACUUCCUGUCACAGGUGAUAUGAAUGAGGAUAACAAAGCGUCCUGGCUGCUUGCGGUUUGUGUCACAGUGAAAGGCGACAGAGCGACGCAGACUUGAAAUCGUUGAGCGCUUUGGACCAUGAAGAUCACAGACGGCAACGUGAUCCGCUUCCACCUGCAGGUCCUUCAUGGGAUCACUGUGAAGAGCUCUGAGAGGAGAAGAGAGCGGCGGUCCAUCAGCGGUGCCAAGGUCUUCGGCGUCCCCCUGGAAACCGUCACCAGGCGAUACGUUCCCGAGUUCGGUCUGGUUCCGUGCUUCCUGGUGGAGGCCUGUUUGUUCCUGCUGGAGCGAGCCGGGACCGUGGGGCUGUUCCGGAAGCCCGGCGCUCUGCCUCGGAUCAAGAGCCUGAGGGCCAGGCUGAACCGAGGGGACGAGUGCUUCUCCUCGGAGCUGCCCUACGACGUCGCCACGCUCGUCAAGCAGUUCUGCAGAGAGCUCCCGGAGCCGCUGUUCCCCUGCGAGGUCCACGAGGCGCUGCUCAGGGCCCAGGCGCUGGCCACGGAGCAGGACCGCAUGUCCGCCCUGCAGCUGCUGUCCUGCCUGCUCCCCGCCAGGAACGGCUCCUCCCUGCACUACCUGUUUGACUUCCUCUGCAAAGUCUCCCAGAGAUGCUCUGAGAACUUGAUGACCAGCGCCAACCUGGCCAUCGUGUUCGCCCCGUGUCUUCUGCCGCCUCCAAACAAGGCCGAGAUGUCUGAGCGGCGGCUGGAGCUGCGGGUCCUCGUCCUGCGCAGCUUCAUAGAGAACCCUCAUCUGUUUGGUGUGAUUCCGAAGUCUGUGAUGGACAGCGUGGGUUUCCUGACGAGCUGCAGCUUUACGCCACCUGCACAUCCAAAGAAAUCCAGCAACAGGAAGAGACACAGUUUAAAAGUGGUGCGAUCUGUAAAGACUCCAAAUUGGAUUCAAGGAAGGUCAAAGGUCACGGCUCCAGGAAGCGAGCAUAGCCAGAGGUCGGCAUCUGGAGACAAACCCAGUCUGAGGAGGAGCCUCGGUCUGGAGCACUUCCCCAACAUCCGCAUGUUCAGGACCUACAUGCCGUCUUCAGACGAGCCUGAGGUCGAGCCAUUGGAGGGUUCCAGUUCCACCGGGAAAGGCUGUAAGACACCGCAGCCGAGGCUGAGACGAGACCUGCGUUUGCCGGCGUUCACCAGGAGCAGCGACGCCGGCGCCUCUCCUGUGCUCACGGCCGUGGGGAAGCUGCACUUCACGCCCUGGAGACGAUGCUCACUCUAACGUCCCGAGGGGUUUUAGGCAUUUUCACUUUGUUUUAUCGUCAAUUUAUUUAAAUUGAAAUUUAAUUGUUUUAUAUUUUUAAUAAAUUUAUAUUUAUUAGUUAACAAGAGUAAA